ACACAUUCCUGAACGGCAACGCUUCGAAACAAAUCGCGGCAUCAGUUGUCAACAAAGUUUAAAACACCUGUGAAAAACCACGUAGCAAGGCAAUUCUUAUCUUCUUCUAUACGUGAUGGCUAUAUUUAUUCAAGUAUUUUUUUCUGUUUUGAUUUUAAAGACGAUUUAUGCUCAGAAUACAAAGACAUACAAUGAAGUUGCUGAAUUUGAAGAACUUUUAAAACUUGGUAGUCCUCUUGUUGUAUUGUUUACUGAAGAAUGUUGUGCAUGCACAAACUGUGUGGAAGCAGAGGUUUUAAUUGGUGGCUUGAGUCAACAAAUCGAAGAAAAUGUGAUGGCUGAUGUUGUAAGAUUAAAAAAACCAGAUUUAAGAACACGUUACGGUGUUAAAAGUGUUCCCACGCUGGUUUUCAUACGUGAUAAUAAAGCAGCUUUAUAUGAUGGUAAAUUUGAUUUAGAUGAAGUUUAUACUUGGUUACAAGAAAACAAAGAACCAGCAACUAUCGAUUUGAAUGAUGAGACUUUUGAGCAUUUGACACAAGCUGCUACUGGAGCAACAACUGGUGACUGGCUUGUUCUAUUUCAUGACGGUAGUUGUUGCAAAAACCGGGAAUUAAUGCACUUGGAAAAUGCUGGCAUAAAGCUUAGAAACAGAGUUAAUGUAGCCAGUGUAAAUAUACGGAAAGCCGUACAAACUGCGGAGCGGUUUAAAAUUACGAAAUGUCCCAGUAUUAUAUUUUUUCGUCAUCAGAAAAUGUAUCGAUUUAGCUUACCGGAUGUCACUGCAGCAACACUAAGAAGGUUUGCUGAAGGAUUCUAUAAGAAUUCUAAAGCUGAAAAUGUACCAUUCCCUCCAUCACCAUUUGAUAGAUUUACAGACAAAAUAAUAAAAUUUUAUAGUGAUUAUUGGUACAGUUUAUUAGUAAUUUUAGCUGUCACAACAGUGGCUACAACAUUAUUAUUAAUCUGUACUGUGCUUCAAAAAUUACAUCAUCAAAAAUCGGAAUAGAAGAUCAUUGGAGUAGUUUUGCUGAAAUUCUAAGCAUUCCUUAAUUGUGUGUAUGGAUCUUGUAUAUGAUUUUAUUGAUGUUUCUAUAUAUUACUUUCAACAGAUGCUGUGUAUUGUGCUCUAAUAUGGUGUUCUACUGAAAUAAUUAAUGUUACAUUUAUUAUGACUUUAUUUAAUAUCUAGGCUCCAUAAGUGAAUUAGCAUAAUUAUUAUAAAGUGAAUUAGCAUAAUUAUUAUAAAGGCCACAAGGAGCCUCACUAUUUAUCUCAUUCACGGGUUAGAGUGCAGAAUCGCCCACCUAUUUGUUUGGCACUUUUUACAAGAGUAAGAAUAAUUCGAUUUUUGUCAAUUUUCUUUGACUUUUUAAGAGAAAUUAGGUCGAUGUGUACAUGGAUAAAGGAAAUGCAC